AUGGAACAUGAGGGAGGGUCAAUAACUGAUUAUGAUAUGUUAGUAUGUGAGAUACUUAGUAGACUUCCAGUGAAAUCUCUUAUGCGAUUUAAGUGUGUAUGUAAACAAUUUCGGUAUAUUAUUCAAGAAGAUGAAUAUUUCAUUGGUUUACAUUACAACCGUUCAAGAACUCGUCCAGGUCUCUUUAUAAUAAUGCCUAGGUAUCCCCGUUUGAGUACAUCCCUUUUUAACGGACCCUGGUCUCUACCCGCAACAAUGGAUGAAAAAUGUUUCUUGUUGGCUGACAUUAUUGAAUGUGAAGAUAACCAAGUAGCAGCUACAAAAGCAGUCAUUCACACCAUAAGGAAUACAGAUGCUAAUGAGUUUGAUUAUAAACUUAUUCUUGGUCCUGUAAAUGGUUUGAUUUGUUUCGUCGACUGGGAAGUUAAGAACAGCAACUUCUCUAUUAGCAACUUUUAUAUCCGCACGUUCAAUGUUAGCACUCGAGAAAUAACACCAUGGAUGAAAUCCUCAUUCUUGCGGGAAGAGAAAGGCGAGCACUGUGGUAGUAGGGAAGUUACGAGUAAAUGUUUUCAGCUCGGGUUUGAUCCUGUCAAUAAGGAAACUAAAUUGGUUGGGGUGUGGUCAAUACGUAAAAAACACUGCAAUGCUUAUUUUGUUUGUGAGGUCUUGACUUUAAGCAGCAAUACAUGGAGAAGAAUCGACAAUGUCCCCUUGUAUAAUAUCCAGAAUAAUUCUGUUUAUUUAAAUGGUUCGAUAUAUUGGCGGAGUAAUAAGCCACUUUUUAAGGAGUUUGACAAUGCUGAUGCGGAAGAUGCCAAUCCUAAAUUUAUAGUGGCAUUUGAUGUUGGAAGCGAGAAAUUCAGAGUUAUUCCGGUCCCUAGUUUCAUGGAUGAUAAGUUUUAUCGUUUAAGAUGGUUUGAUUUGUUUGUAAUGGUUGAGCGUUUAGCUUUUUUCAGUUGGGAAAGCCGUUUCUUGGCGAAGCUGUGGAUUUUGCAAGAUGAGCCCUAUAGUAAGAAUAGAGUAACUAGUACUACUGGCGCCACUAUUGAUAGCGACAUUCAAUGGACCGAAGAGAUUAUCUCAAUACCUUCUAAUUUGUCAUUUGAUCUGAUAAUUUGUCAAGCCAUUCCAGGAACUGACCAAAUAAUCUUGCAAUGCCAUGUAAGCCAAUUAGUGGAAUUUGUCGCCGCUUAUUCAUACAGCCGAGAAAAGAAGGUUUUCAAGAAGAUUGAAAUCGGUGGCCUCUCACCAAUUCCAGAAAUUCGCUUCCCUUAUCUAUUCACGGUAUUCGUGGAAAGCCUUUAUUCUGUGCAGAAGCUGCGGCAGAUAGCAACUACAACGGACCCAUAA